CAACCCGCGAGCGGGAUGGACUCGAGGGACGCGCCACCGCCACCGGGGAUGGUCUCCGCCGGCUCCUACUCCGCCGGCGGCCCACAGCAGGGGUCGCAGCAGCAGCAGCAGCAGCAGCCGCCGCAGCACCUGAUCAACCCCAAUUCGUCGGCGGUCAUGAUGCAGCACCGGUUCCCCUUCAACUCCAUGGUGGGCUCCGGGGGGCCGCCGCCGCCGCCCCCGCCGCAGCAGCCGCAGCAGCAGACGGAGGGGAUGGAUUCGCUCAAUAAUGCCGGCGGCAUUUACGACGGAUCGUCGCAGGUGGGGCUGAGGGCGGGCGGUUUCUCCAUCGAGCCGGCCAAGAAGAAGCGUGGGAGGCCCAGGAAGUACACUCCCGAGGGCAACAUUGCCCUAGGGCUCGGACCCACUUCAGUGCACUCCUCCUCUGGCGGGGAUCACCACCACCACCACCACCAUGGCGGUGGAACCAGUGGCGGCGGAGGUGAUGGGAACCUCACGGGCUCGUCUGAGCAGCAGGCCAAGAAGCACAGGGGGAGGCCGCCUGGGCUGGGGAAGAAGCAAAUGGAUGCUUUAGGAGCUGGUGGAGUUGGUUUUACUCCGCAUGUGAUCCAUGUCGACGCUGGUGAGGACGUGGCCUCCAAAAUUAUGGCCUUUUCAUUGCAAGGACCUCGUACAAUUUGUAUUCUCUCGGCAAGUGGAGCUAUCUGCAAUGUAACCCUCAGGCAGCCAGCAAUGAAUGGUGGGACUGUGACAUAUGAGGGCCGAUUUGAGAUAAUCUGUCUAUCUGGGUCCUUCCUGUGUCCUGAAAAUGAAACUGGUCGUAGCAGAGCUGGUGCAUUAAGUGUGUCAUUAGCAGGUCCAGAUGGUCGAGUGCUGGGUGGAGGGGUUGCAGGAUUGCUAAUCGCCGCUACACCUGUACAGGUUAUUGUUGGAAGCUUCCUUGCAAGUUCGAAGAAAGCAUCUUCGAACGCUCUCAAGUCUGAUGCUUCUCCGACGCCACAGGGUCCACAAUCCCAUAUGUUGAACUUUGGUGCACCUGGGACGGCAGUGAGCCCCCCUUCUGAUGGAGCAUCGGGCGAAUCAUCUGAUGAAAAUGGUAAUAGCCCAAUUAAUCACCGACCUUCCGGACUCUACAACAACUCUAGCCAGCCGAUCCACAAUAUGCAGAUGUACCACCAUCUGUGGGCUGGCCAAACUCCUCACUGAAGAAGUUAACUGAGAUAUAACCGGCUUUCUGGGUACUACUCAACUUGAGAUCAUUGUUCAUCGUAGCCGCAGAUAUAUAUACAUUAGGCCGACUUGGCAGGCGUCACCCAAAUGACAUUUUAAUGAGGCAUCCUCUCGUCGACUCCAUUUUAUUUCUUGUUUAGUCUUUAUUCUCUUUCUGAACUUGGUUACUGGGGUUUGUUAACUUGAAUCUUAUCGGAAUAUGGUGCUGUUGUUGAUAGUUGAUAGCAUGGGAAGCAUUUUCUUGAGGAUUCUUU